CUGUUAAGUCCACCUGUCACACAGGGAAAUGCAGAGGAAAACCCUCAUGCCAAUAUAUUAUCCCUCUCUCCCAUAGUGUUUUGUUUUCUCUACGUAGAAAGAAUGGCCCAAACAUGGUGUGACGUGUUUCCCUUCAAAGACUUUGAGCUGUCCUCCUACCUCCUGGCCCAGCUCAACCUCCUCCGCCAGGAGCGCAUCCUGACCGACGUGCUGCUCUGCACCGAGCACUGGGAGAUCCCAUGCCAUCGCAGCAUCCUGGUCUCCAGCAGCCCUUACUUCAGGGCCAUGUUCUGCAGCAACUUCCUGGAGAGCAGCCAGAGCCGUGUGGACCUCAAGGGCAUCUCCCCCGAUGUCUUGGCGGGCAUCGUGGACUACGUCUACACGGGCUGCAUCACCAUCACCAUGGACAUUGUGCUUCCCCUGAUGCAGGCCGCGUCCAUGUUGCACUACGGCCGCCUUGUGGAAGCCUGCUCACUGUUCCUCCAGAGGCAGCUCAGCCCCGACAACUGCCUGAGCAUGAUCCGCCUGUCGGACAUCCUCCACUGCGAGAGCCUGAGGGACCGGGCCAAGGAGAUGGCCGUGCGCUGCUUCUCUGACGUGGCUGCCACUGAGGACUUCUGUGAGCUGUCCCUGCCCGAGCUCAUGUGCUACCUGGAGGACGACCGCCUGUGUGCCGAGGAGGAGCAGGUGUUCGAGACCCUGCUGGCGUGGAUCCACCACGACCCCUUCUCCCGGCGCGGGGCCAUCCAUGACCUCUUCAAGAAGGUGCGCCUGCGCUACAUCCACCCCACCUACCUGUUCCAGUUCAUCGCCAACGACCCGUUGGUCCAGUCAUCCACCCUCUGCACCGAGAUCAUCGAGUCGGUGCGGCGCCUCAUGCUCUCCGUCAGUACCAGGUGCAGCCGCGAGCUGAAGCCGCUAUGGACCACGCCACGGCGCUACACCUGCCGGGAGACGCUGGUGGUGGUGGGGGGCCGCAAAAACAAUGAGCAGACGUCGCGCGAGGCCCUCCUCUACGACGAGAGGACCCAGCGCUGGCAGUGGCUGGCCAAGCUGCCCCUGCGCCUCUACAAAGCCGCCUACGUGUGUAUCCACAGCAUCCUGUACGUGGUGGGCGGGCUGAGCCUGUGCAUGGCAUCCGGAGACAGCUCAGUGAGUGCCACGGUUUACACACUGUCCCUCAAGACCAACCAGUGGCGGACCGCCGAGCCCAUGUUGCAGCCGCGCUACGCCCACCAAGGUGUGUCCUACCUCCACUUUAUUUUCGUCCUAGGAGGCAUCGGCGUAGACAAGCAGAUUUGCGACUCAUUGGAGAGAUACAACAGUAUGUUCAACCAGUGGGAGGCCAUGGCUCCCAUGCCGACAGCUGUGCUCCAUCCAGCCGUGGCCGCCAGCGAUCAGAAGAUCUUUGUCUUUGGAGGCGAGGAUGCCAUGCAGAACCCAGUGCGGCUGAUUCAGGUGUAUCACAUAUCUCGUAACCUGUGGUCCAGUCUGGAGACACGGACGGUGAAGAAUGUCUGUGCCCCAGCGGCUGUCAUCGAGGACAAGAUCUACAUCGUUGGAGGGUACACCAGACGGAUGAUCGCCUACGACACUAAAGCCAACAAGUUUGUCAAGUGUGAGAACCUGAAGGAGCGCCGGAUGCACCACAGCGCCACGGUGAUCAACAACAAGCUGUACGUGACGGGCGGCCGCUUCCUCAACAGCCAGGACGUCAUCGAGGACUCGGACUGCUUCGAGAUCUACGACCCCAAGGCUGACGUGUGGGCGUCCAAGGGCUCCCUGCCCUACAAGCUGUUUGACCAUGGCUCUCUGCCUCUGGUGUGUGUAUCCAACAGACCCAAUCCCCCCUGAACUGCGCUCCUCUGCCCUCCGCCCCCUGGCCACCCAUGCUGGUUCACCCGCUGCGCACGUGACCCCACGUCCCCACUGUGCCAUGAUUGAGUGGCACUUUUGGUUACGGAUGGGGGAGAAUCUGUCUUUCGGCUCACUGCGUUCCUUCACGCGGCUUAAAGCACAAGUUAACGACACGCUAGGCUGAGCCGUCCACGUCAUUCUGUAUCAAAAGAGACGAACAUUGGCGGUGAGGCGGUGUCAAUUCAUUUACAGUUUUCCGGGGGGGAGAGGGGCUACCGAUCCCUGAAUCAUUGUGGAUCAGAGUCCAGUCCAAGAGUUCAGUCAGACUUGGAGCUAUCAAGAGCCACAAAUAAUCGGAAAUAGCUCCAACCAAAUAUCACAUUUGGACUUGGAUUAAAUACUCGAAUCAUUCAUGCUUAUAUUUGCCAUUAUUAUUAUUAUUAUUAUUAUUACUGUAUUCUAUAUUUCGCAAUGGUGGAUACCAUUGAGACAUUAUUAAACAGCGGGGUUUUCAGAAUAAGUUGACAUUCAGGUUUUAGGUCUGAACUAUGUUGUUCAGUGACACAUUGUAUUUCAUUCCUCAAAUGAUUUCAGUGGUAGUCAACUGCUAGGAGAGGCUAGCUGUUCUGUACACUAGACUAUCUAAGCUGCUGGGGGUGGGGAACUAAUUUAAAAAAACAUAGAAAUUCAGUUUCACAGCACAUUUUCAGCUGACCCCCAGGCUCUCACUGCUCAGUGUUAUGUGACACGCGUCGAAGUGCGCUCAACGCUAUUAAAGCACACUUGUGUUAGGUUCUCUAUUAAAGGGCCACAAUGAGAGAGCUCAAAUGGUGCUCGUUUGUUUAUCGAGGAUCACAUCCUGUCCCUCACUUACUCACAGCCCCAUCAAACAAUAGCAGGAAUGAGCCUGAAAGGAGUGCUAUAAUGCGUAUAGUUUAAUGAAUUAUUAAUGAAAAGCCAUUAGAGGGGGUAAUCGGUGCCUCAAGACAAAAGAGCAUAAAGCACAUAUAACUCUAAAGUACACUAGAAGUCUCUGCUACUGACCCUUUUCCGACCCCUUGGAUAGAGACAUCCACUUAUCCAUUCUCUGUCCGCCACAAUUAUCGCCAUAGCGACACGUUUUGUCACACAUAAUAAGAUCAAAAUUCAGAUUUGGGUAAUAAGUUAUUCAUUGCUUAUAUCAUUAUACUUUAUUGGCCAAGAACGUUACGACGCAAAAAACGUUGCACAUAACACAUCAUUUACAUGAUUUAAUUUAGCUUGAUGUCAAUACACAAAAUUAUAAAUUUUGUCAGUUCCAGGUAAUGCUGGUAUUUGGUACGUACACACAUUAUGAGAGUGUCCCAAUGUGUGAGACCCUUCACCUCGCGCAGAAUGCUUGGUUCAUGAAGUAUGUUGGGAGGAGAGGGGCGACAGAUCGAGUUACCAGAAGAUCUCCCUGGAGAGCUAAUAUGGUGUGUGUGUGUGUGUGUGUGUGUGUGUGUGUGUGUGUGUGUGUGUGUGUGUGUGUGUGUGUGUGUGUGUGUGUGUGUGUGUGUGUGUCCCAUGCCCCCAAAGGCCUCAUCAAAUCAUUUGCUGGAGGUAAAGUAUUCGAUCCAUGCGCUGCUAAAUUGCUCCAAGCUCCGGUCUGAGGCGACGUCUGCAGUAUGGGUCCAGCGCCGCUGAGACGCGCCUUUCAUUGAGGAUUUAGCAGUGGCUUACGUAACACUCGGUGCCAAUGAAAGCAUUUAGCCUAGAAUACUCCAUAUUUUUUUAUUAAUGAUGCUGUUGAUAAAUUCCGUUUUUAGCCUGGUUGUUCAUGUGUGCUGUAACGUAGGCCAGUGAGGGUCACCACCAGUCAUGGAGGCCAGAAUGUCGCUUGGUUAUUUGCAGUGCUUGCGGUCACUAACAUUAAGUAGGACAGCAUUUAUAGACGUGUACGGUAGAUCCACAUUCGUAGACUAAAGGAUUGAAAACAAAAUCUUUACAGAAAAUUGGUACGAUUACAUUUUUGGGCUGAAAUAGGUAUAAUUACUUAGUGCAGGCCUAAGGAAUAGUAGGUGCAAAUAUUGUAAUACAUGAUGGCAAGUUAUUCCCAAAUGUUGCGCAAAAAGUGUACAUCGUCGACAGCAGACAAUAGGUUGUGCAAUAUUCAUGUGAACCACCCGAUGGCGACAUAAACCGUGUUUUCCCAUAGGGGAAGUAGAAAAGAUGAAUUAAUUUCAGAAUUUUCUAUUUUCUAAACUGUACAGAACUUCACAAUUGUGUAAAUCGAAAUGAUUUUUAUUACAAUUAAAUUCAUUAAGAAACAUUCUGCAUGCACACCAUUCCCUGCAGGCGGUUGAUAAAUCAAAUAAUUAAUGGAAGCAGCAGCAUCUUGUCAACAGGCUGAUUAGUAUGGUCUAAUCCGGGAACAAAAGGUCACAUAACAAAAUUAAUUCCAUCAAUAAAAUGACUUUCAAAGUGUAUGAAAAUAGUAAAGGGGAUUCGAUAUGCUGAUUUAUUUCCAUUGCCGACUUGAGUCAGUUAAAUUAAAUUCUACAUUCAGAAAUGGCACUGCGGAUUUCAAGAGAAGAAAAGAAACAUAAAAUAUGUAUUAAGAUAUUACGCAUGAAACGACAAAAUGGUCAAGUAAAAAGGGCCAGUUAAAUUAUAGCUUUAAGUUCAAACAACAUAGAAAAAACAUUGACAAACUAAAUAAAAAUAAUACUAUUGGUUGAAACAAACUA